AUGUCGAUGAUCGCCAUGGUCACUCCUACUCCUCACGCACCCUUUAGGCGGGACUUCUGGGACGAGGGCCGGUCGACAGACUACACCUCUUCCAGGCCACGGUCCGAUGCCGACAGGAUUGCUCUCCCCUCUAUCCGACAGGCCUUCCCUGAACUGCAACUACAGAUUCGACCCCAGGAAGCCUCAGGAAGGACGCAAUCAUCUGCUACGUCGCCUACUGGACCCGCGACAGGAGUAAUGACACCGCCAGAAUAUGUGCACUCACCCAGUUCAUCAAACAAGCGCAGACGCCUCUCAAUAGACGACGAGAGAGAAGAGCGGGCCAGUCGAGUACCAAGGCUCUACAACAGCCCUCCACGACCUGCAGAGCGGCCAGUCUUCCGACAAGCUUCUCCAGCCCCCGCCCCUGCUGCGAGGACACACGCCGAGCAUUGGGCCCCAUCAAGUUCCAGGACCAGCCCCUACGUUCCGAGUUACGGCCUGCCAGCAAUGCGAUCCUCACCGGUGGCGAUGGAUCACGUCGAGCGACCCGAGCCCAGGCCAACCCUGCCCAGCUUCCCGCCUCCCAUGAGCCUGGAGCGUGGUUCUGCCCCUAUGCCACGAGUUCGUGGCCACUCGAGCGAUGAUUAUCUUCAGGAGCCUCCAAGGCAAAUUAUGAUGCACCCGGCCGACGCAAGAAUGGAGACUUACCGUCAGGGUCCGUAUGCUUACGGCUACCACCACCCCUCGCGGAUGCAAUCGUUGUCAAUGGGCGCCAUUCACCCGCUCGACAGGACACCUUUCUCAUCGGUUGGCUAUGGUCCUCACUACCAAGAGUACAUGCGUUUUGGCGAGCUGGGAAUGGGCAUGAGCGGGGACAACAAGCAGCGGAAGCGAAGAGGCAACCUACCAAAGGAGACAACAGACAAGCUGAGGAAUUGGUUUGUUGGUCAUUUACACCACCCGUACCCUACCGAGGAUGAGAAGCAGGAGUUGAUGCGCCAAACCGGCCUGCAAAUGAACCAAAUUUCCAACUGGUUCAUCAACGCGCGCCGCAGACAACUGCCAGCGAUGAUUAACAACGCACGCGCUGAGUCUGAUGCCAUGUCUUCAGGACGCAGCCAGGACGGCAAGGUUCUUCCCUCAACCGAGCGCGGCGACUAUGAUGUCGAUGGCAAGCACCGAAAUAGCCCUACCAUCAGCGAUGGCGGCGACAGCGCCUAUGACGACGACCUCGACGCUCGCAGGCAACAAUCACACAUUAAGCGCGGUGGCAGCUACUAA